AAUCUGUUUUGCGUUAAAUAGAAGUGUAAACUAAACUUCCUUUGGAUUAAAUUGUAGGUUCGGCUACAACAAAGUUAAUAGCACAAAUUAACGCAUUUCGCCUUUAGGAUCAGCACAAACUUUCUCAUCAUGUUCAGAAGAGACCCGGAGAAAUCUAAUUUGGUCCCCGAAAAAGCGCCCAGUAUGUAUUCCAUCACGAUGGGGAGUAUGCCAGUCUGUCAGUCUCCGCAGAAAGAUGGUGACAUCAGCCAUUGCCAUGACAAUAGUCAUGCUCUUGAAGACAGGGAGAGGGAGAAGCAGCAGGCCAGGAAACGCCUCUACAUUGUCUCCAUCAUCUGUCUGGUCUUCAUGGUCGGGGAAAUCCUGGGGGGGUAUUUUGCAGGCAGCUUGGCUGUGAUGACAGAUGCUGCCCACUUGCUGGUAGACUUCACCAGUUUCCUCAUAAGCCUGUGCUCUCUCUGGCUGUCGUCCCGGCCCGCGACACACAGGCUAAACUAUGGCUGGCACAGAGCAGAGAUCCUGGGUGCACUGCUGUCGGUUUUCACCAUCUGGCUGGUGACAGGCGUGUUGGUUUACCUGGCCGUUGAGAGGAUAAUAAGCAAUGACUACACCAUCGAGGGCACGGUUAUGCUCAGUACUGCUGGAGGCGCUGUCCUCGCCAACAUCAUAAUGGCACUGACCUUACACCAAUCGAGCCAUGGCCUCGGCUCUCAUGGACACUCCCACGGGCACAGUGCACCAGGGAAGGAGGGACCUGGGUCACGGCCCCAAGCCAACAGCAGUGUGCGGGCGGCCUUCGUGCACGUGGUGGGAGACCUCCUGCAGAGCAUUAGCGUGCUGAUUAGUGCCAUCGUCAUCUUCUUCAAGCCUGAGUAUAAGAUUGCUGACCCGAUAUGCACAUUCCUGUUCUCUGUGUUUGUGCUGGGCACCACCAUCGGCAUUAUGAGAGACAUCCUGCUGGUUCUAAUGGAAGGGGCCCCAGCAGGGGUGAAGUACAGUGAAGUGAGAGACCAGCUUCUCUCAGUGAAAGGAGUUAAGGCUGUCCAUAACCUGCACAUCUGGGCCCUGACCAUGAACCAGGCUGUUCUGUCUGCGCACGUGGCCAUAGAGGAUGCAGUGGCACCCCAGCCCGUGCUGAAAGAGAUCACCCAGGUCUGCCUCACCAACUUUAACUUCCACUUUGUCACCAUUCAACUGGAGCAGCAGUCUGAUCAGAAACCCGGCUGCACCCUCUGCCAAGACCCCAAGAUCUAGCCCUGCCUUAUUAGAGACUAUGACCGUCAUAUAUGGAAAACGACGACUAUCUAAAAUAUCUACAUUUCGUAUUUGCCUGAAUAUAUGCCACAAUUCACGUUUAUUAGUAACCGGUCUUACAUGAAAUGUAUACAUACAUAUAUAUUUUUUGUAUGAGGUCUACAAUAUAAUUAUAAGCAUAAUCUUGAAAGUAUCAAUAAUUUCUUUAUUUCAAAUGUCAAAAAUGUAAAAAAAGAAAGAAAAAGGUUUUGCUUAUAUGCUGCCAUUUAGAUUUCAAAUGGGAAGGACACAUACAUACAUAGGGUAUGAUAUAGGGGCAGUAGUCAAACGAGAUGAGUAUCACCUGAUGAGAGCUUUCUGUGGACUUUCAUUCAUCUGCCUUUGAGAAGUCACCAGCCAACCGUUACUGGAGUUUGACAGACCUAUGCAUUUCUACUGUACCAGUCUGCAUAGGAUUAACAUUGGAUUACUGUAGAAAACAAUGACCCAACAAACAGACGUAUAUCAGUUAAUCUCUUUGAGCCCAUGGAUAAUCUCCUAUAAAUAGCCCAUGGUCGAAGUCCAGUUCUACACUGGUUUAAGGAGAAAAUAUUGUUAAUGGCAAGUUUUAUUUUUUAUGUUAUUAAAAAAAAGAAAGAAAAAAGAUUCACUUUUUAUAAAUAUGGGUAAUGGUAAUACUAAAAGUUCAUUUCUGCCAGCCAGAAAGUUAUUUUUUUAGGAUUUUAUUGCCUAGUUGUCAGAACAGAACAUUAGGCAGAUCUUAUUAGCACAUUAUUUUUAGCCACAAGUGUUGUGGUUAUUGUAGGACAGUUUUCACUGUACUGUAUGGUCGGAACAUCAGUGACUGACCUCAU